AACAACACACAAGUUUGUGGAAAGAUUUUAAAGUGAGGAGUUGAACGAGUCGCCAUGAAUUUGGUGACACAAUGAAUUUAAAACACACUGUUUUUUUAUUUCAAGCCGACUGAUCAUAUUGCUUUAAUGUUAAAAUGAGGACGACCCUUUUAAACGGACUACUCUUGCUUUUUGUCGGACUCGCACAAGGGGCUUCAUUCUAUGGUGAUGGAUUUGUGCAGUUAAAAGGGUCAGAGACGUCUAGCCGUAACACACUGCACAUUCGUUUCCGCACCUCCAGCCUGAGCGGCCUGCUUUUCCUGGCUGCAGGGCAGAAUGAUUUCCUGCUGCUGGAGAUGAAUGCUGGCAGACUGCAGGUAAAGUUGGAUCUGGGAUCUGGAGAGCAGAUCCUUCUCUCAGACAGUGGAACCCAGUUGAAUGAUCUGGCCUGGCACACUGCAGAGCUUUUCCAUGACAUUUACAAUGUCACAUUGACUGUGGACAACCACUCCAAGACGAGCCUGCGAAUGCCAGGUCCAGAGAGAGAGCUGCACAUCAAUGGCGGCCUGUAUGUUGGUGGUACUGGAGGAUUGGAUCAGGCCUAUCUGUCCAGAGAUCUCAAUGGUUUCCGUGGUUGCCUCGAUGAAGUAAUAUUUAAUCAGCACAACCUCCUUUCAUCGCUAAGGCCCUACUCAGGGUUCAAGAAUGUCUAUGAGGUUUCCCUAGGAUGCAGCCCUCAGUUUUUUGCCAAUGAAGAUGACCCAAUCAGUCUUUUUAGUUCACGGGCUUAUAUAUCCCUUCCUCCUUGGACGGCACAACAUGAGUGGGCUUUUGAAUGCUCAAUCCACACGUCAGCUGAAGAAGGGAUCAUCAUGUACAACGCAGCUCGACAGGGAGAUUUUGUCGCUCUAGAGAUCCAGAAAGGUCUCCUUGUUGCAAUGGUCGGUAAAGAUGGAAGUAAAACAGAGCUACGUUCCCUCACCUUCAUCAAUGACAGCAAAUGGCACAACGUUCAGCUCUUUUUCACACCAAAAAACCUCCAACUUACAGUAGAUGGAGAAAGCGUAAAGUCCAUCAUUACCUCUAGAUCAAAAAACUUUCAUCUGAAAGGUUCCCUUUUCCUGGGGGGAAUCGAUGACAGCACACGUUCUGAGGUCAGAAAGGUUGGCCUUUCCUCGGUAGCAGGUAAACGUAUUAAAGGUGGCUCCUUUAAAGGAUGCUUCAGAGACAUUAAAAUAAAUAAUGUCAAAAUGGGUCUCCCCAAUGCUUUGGUAACCAAAGACAUCUCUGUUGGUUGUGAACCUGAAAAGGAGCUGGAUAUAAGCACCACAGUGAGCCCAACAACCCUUUCCAUAACCCUUGUUGAAUCUGUCACUCCGCUGCCACCCACCGAUGUAGCCACCCUAGCCAAAGGUCUUGUCAAGAAGUACGGACGCAAUUUUUUACAGCUUAGGAACCUAGUUGUCCCAGAAGGUGGUCGGGGAUCCUUGGAAUCAAAGCAUAUUAAAGUAAACCUUGAUUUCAAGAAGCUUGGCAUCCGUCAGUCUCAGAUCAUCUUUAGGAUUGAAGAGCAGCCGGUGCAUGGUCAGCUUAGGCUUGAUGUAGACCAGGAGCAGGCUGAGCAUACAUUCAGCAUGCUGGAUUUGUGGCACGGCAGAGUGAUGUACAUCCAUGGGGGAUCUGAAGACCCACAGGACUUCUUCAUGUUCUCUGUGUUCUCCAGUAGCAGAAAGGACGUGCCAGGCUACCUAAAGGGACACAAGUUGUACCGGUUUAAUGUCACUGUUACACCAACCAAUGAUGCCCCUGAGUUGAGUCUACCUGAGGGGAAUCUGUUUACCCUUUUGGAAAACUCCAAGAAGAGGCUGACCACUGAUGUACUGAAAGCCAUUGACAUUGACAGCAAUAACACAGACCUAAUUUACUCUGUGUUAGGGAACCUUAAUGCUGAUGCAGGGUAUUUGGAGAAUGAAGACAAUCCAGGUACACCAGUUACUUCCUUCUCCCAUUCAGCUCUUGUAGACGGUAAGAUGUAUUAUGUCCACACGGGUGUGAGGAACUCUAGGAUUGUGUUGAGAGUCAGCGAUGGCGAGAAGGUGAGCAACACAGUGGUUCUUAGAAUCAUGGCUGUGGGACUUGAGUACAAAAUCUCCAAUAACACAGGACUGGAAGUGAUCCAAGGAGAGAUGUUUCUUUUAAGCACCAAACAACUGGCCAUCUGGACCAAUGCAUUAAAGCAGGUAGUUGAAAUUCGGUACGAUGUAAUUGAGCCACCAAGAUUUGGUGAGCUUCAGAGGAUGCACUCAAGUGGAGAAUGGAAGAUUACCAAUUUGUUUUCCCAAAGAGUUCUUGAAAAGGAGCGUUUGAGGUACCUCAGCACCUACCAGUCUAUCCAAACCAGUAAUAGCACAGACCACUUCAAGUGUAAAGUAACUGUGGCCUCCAGAGCUACUGAAGAAUUGGUGUUUACCAUAAUAGUAAAAUGGAUUGACUACACAAUAAAGAAAAAUAAACCUGUAGAGCUGGACAAAAUUACGAGAGCUGUAAUUGACUCAGAGCAUCUGUAUGUAGCAGCACACGGUGUAAAUUUGUCUGAGGAUGAGCUUCGUUUUAGAAUGUUGACUUUACCAAAGUGGGGAAUAAUUGAAGUGAAUAAUGCCAAGCUGGAUGUAAAUUCCACAUUUUGUCAAAAGGACAUCACAGAUCUGAAAGUCCAAUACCAACUAAUGGAAAGAUCAUACGAGGACACCAAUGAUGAAUUUGUUUUCCACAUAUUCUCAAAGCAUGCACAUUCUGCUAGACACAUUUUCAAAAUCAAUAUUAAAGCAGAUGUCAACAGCAUUUUCAUGACAAACAAUGGGCUGUCACUUCUUGAAGGUGAAAGUAAACUCAUCACAAAGGAUGAAUUGUUUGCUGAAACUCUAAGCACUAAAGAAAUGUACUACACAAUCACAAAGACACUGCACCAUGGCAAGCUAAUGCGAAUCAACUUGUCCAACUCAACCAAAGACUUUGACAAUAUUAUUUCCUUUACCAAUCAAGACAUUCUUGAGGAGCGUAUUAUGUAUGUUCACGAUGACAGUGAAACAACUCUUGAUAGUUUUACCUUCAUAGCCUCCACAAGUCCAGUAACAAAGCUUUCUUUAACAGAUAAGGACAUUGGCUCCAAGGAAGGCAUGUUUAACAUCUCAAUACAGCUGGUUAAUGAUGAGAAACCCAUCCGCAUUGUAGACAAAGUUUUCCAUGUAGUCAGAAAUGGACAGAGGUUACUUACACUUGAUGACCUGUGCUACCAUGACGCAGAUUCAGACUUCAGUGAUGGGCAGCUUCUCUACACCCGGCGUGGGAUCCCAAUGGGGGACUUGGCUCUUGCAAAUGACACUUCACAAAAGCUGUACCAGUUUCGACAAGAAGACUUGGAACAGAAACGAGUGCUGUUCAUUCACCAUGGGAUGACCUUGGGGCGUUUUGUUCUCUUUGUGUCAGAUGGCAAGCACUAUGUGUCCUCUCUGUUGGAUAUUAGCGCACAGGAUGCUUAUUUAAAAACUGGCAACAACACAGGCCUGUUGGUUCAGAAAGGGCAAAUCAAAACCCUUACUAAUGCUAACUUUAGUGUAGAGACAAACCUUGACAUCCGAAAUGACAAUGAAAUAUUAUUCACAAUCCAGGAGGCUCCGAAACAUGGUAGGCUGUAUUUAAAAGACAGCAAAAUUGAGUCAUUCACUCAGCAUGACCUGAGGAAUGGCUUCUUGUCUUAUCAUCAUGACAACAGUAAGAAUCUGGCUGACGUUUUUACACUCCUGGUGAAAGCAAAGGACAUUCGGCUUGAUGUUAAAAUACAUGUGAAGGUGUACCUGGAAAGCCAUCAGAGGCCACCCGUAGUUCUUCAUAACAAAACCUUGCUGGUGGAGGAGGGAAAACCAGUUAAGAUCGAGAGCAAUAAACUCAAGGUGACUCAUGAGGCUAGUUCAGCUUCAGAAAUAACCUUUACUGUCAAAGUUGCUCCAUCUUAUGGAUAUUUACGCUGUUUUAUUGAGGGUAAAGAUCAGUACCAAGGAACACAAGAGGACCCAUUAGUGACCUUUUCCCAGCGGGAUGUUAAUGCUGGCAACAUUCAGUAUGUACAGGUGGCACCUGGCCAAGAGAGGGAUUCAUUCACUCUGGCGGCCAGCAAUGGAGUCGCAGAGGUCAAUGACAUCAUCAUGUCUGUGGAUAUCAUCCCACGCCUCAUACCCAUUGAGGUGUCCAAUAUCACUCUGAAGGAAGGGGCAUCUAAAGCUCUCACAGAGGACGUUAUCAGAGUAACAAACCCACAUUUCUCAGGCCUCAAUUUUGUGUACUACGUGUCAGAGGGUCCUCUGCAUGGCCGCAUUGAGAAUUCACGUUUCAGAGGGAUUCCUACAACCUACUUUACAAGGAAGCAGGUGGAACAGGAGUUUAUUUAUUAUGUCCAUGACAACACAGAGACCUCAGAGGACCACUUCACUAUCACAGCAAAUGACACAGACCUGCGAAAACACAGUGCACCAUGGACUGUGUAUGUCCAGAUCACAGCCGUCAAUGACGAGCCUCCAGCCAUUACAGCCAACAGGGUUCUCAGGGUGAGAUUACUAUAUAUAAACUUCUUCUCUGAUCUGUGCAACAGUUUGUCAUGUUUAACCACUAGAUUAAGUAACGUGAUAUCACAUAAAAAUGUUUUCUGAAGUUGCAGUGCAUUGUAAACUAAAUUCCUGGAGAUUAUAAUGAUUGCUCUCUUUUACUUCUCAGGGCCGAUGGCAGGAGGCUUCAACUUCCAAGUAAACGAUGGUGUGAACUUUGCUCCCAGGCAGAUAUUCAGUAUUACAGCUCGUGCCCUGGUUCUUAAUCUAGAGAAGGCUGGACCUCUUAAGGUGUUUCCAGGUUUCUUAUCCUUGAUUUCAAACAACAUUCUUCAGGCCGUUACCAAUGAUGAUACCGGCCUCUCAAACAGAACCAUUUAUUUUACUGUGAUCAAUCCCCCAAAAUUUGGAAAACUAGUCAGUUUGAAGGCAGAUAAGACCACGACUGAUAUUUUAUCCUUCACACAACAAAUGGUGGAUGAGGGUGAAGUAGCAUAUCAUCAAAUUCAUGGGACGUCUUUAGGAUGGGCGGCGCUAGACAAGUUCAUAUUUACUGUGUCCUCUCCACCUGCUACGCUUGAUCCCCAGACGUUUGAAAUUGACAUUUCAUACGAAAAUAUUGGACCUGAACAAAGUUCCGUGCUCCUCAAAAAUAAAGGUGUGACGGUAACUGAAGGAGAUAAAGUUCUAAUUGGCAAAUCGAUGCUGGAUGCAUCCAAUCUCAUGACGAAACAACCUGAAUCCAAGCGCAGCUCUUAUGAGGUUUGGUACCAGGUCACAUCUCUUCCAAAGCAUGGCGUCAUCAUCAUUGGGGAACGAAAUCUUACAAAAGAAAAGCCCAAUUUCUCUCAGUUCAUCCUUAAUAAGUAUGGAAUCACAUACCAUCACGACAACUCCGAGACCACCCAUGACCGUUUUGACUUUGAUGUGUAUCUGAACCUAAAGAGCAAACCACCAACCCGCCCCCUAGAUUCUGUUGUGUCAGAAUCAUUCAACAUUACUAUAAUCCCCAUAAAUGAUCACCCACCUGUUUUGAAGACCAAAGCUCCCAGCCUCAAAGUCAUUCAGGGAGACUCCGUGGCUAUCGGACCCAACCACUUAAGUGUGGUUGACCUGGACAACCCACCAAGUGAAAUCCAGUACACAGUGAUUAGCAAACCUAACAAUGGUUUCCUAGCCAUUACAAAGCGCAUGAACGAGUCGGUGGACUCCUUCUCCCAGGCUCAAAUCAAUAAUGGAGAGGUGUUCUUCAUCCACGAUGGCAGUCCAUCAUCUGGAGCAUUCUACUUCAGCGUCACCGACGGCCAUCAUCGACCGUUAUAUAAACUCUUCAAUCUGGAAGUGGUAGAGAUCACUGUUUCACUGGCUAACAACACAGAGGUGCUACUGGACCAGGGACACACUUCUGUAACUCUCAGACGGUCACACCUGGCCGCAGUGACCAAUGGUAAAAACACUACAGUGCACUAUAAAAUCACAGUACCACCAAGGUACGGUAAACUCUUAAUAGACAAUGAAGACGUCACAGUUUUCAAUCAAGAUGAUCUCCAGAAGGAAAAUCUGAGGUACCACAUGGUCAGCCUUGAGUCGUCCCAUGAUAACUUUGAGUUUGCGGCUUUCACAACAGAAGCGAAUCUAACUGACCAAGUAGUUAACAUCACGGUGAAACCCCUCAUUAAGUACGCAGAAGGGGUAACAUUUGCUAACGGAGUUCGAAUUAAGCUGAAGUCACAUUUGCUGAAUGUGUCCGAACUUGCUUUGUUGAGUGGUAGUGACCCGUUGUUUGAAAUUACCUCACCUCCGGAGAACGGCAGGAUUGUCCGGGCAAUUGGCAUCAAGGGAAAGAAAGUCGAAUCUGUGGGGUCUUUCACUUUAAGUGAACUACAGCAGGAGAAACUGGCCAUUGAGUUGAAGGCGAACCUGACAGGUGUCCGUGAAGUAAAUGAUUCUUUCAGAUUCGUUCUUAAAGCCAACAACGUCCAACCUGCCAAUGGGAUUUUCACUUUCAGCAUCGUAGCUCAUGUUCCCACUCUGGAGAUGUCAACAGUGAUCCCAGUGACCACAAUCAGACCUGGUUUUCAUAACCAAACUGCUGCAAUGAGCUUGUUUCCAUCUUCAACAUCUUCACCUGUGCAGCCGACACAACGGGUGACCAAAUCUGGGUCAAGAUUCAAAGGUCGCAACCGUUGGGAUAAUUCAAACAGCAUUGACAUGGGUACUACUAACCUAAAACCAACCCAUGGGGUGGAGGAGAUUUAUCCCAUAAAUAAUACCCCAGUAAAAGUAGAGUCGGUUUCCCAGACGGGCUCUUCCUCAAACUCAAUGAUCAUCCUUUUGCCUCUUCUUGCUCUUCUGCUGCUGGUCAUCAUUGUGGUCGUGUUGGUGCUGCUCUUAAGACGGAACUGGAAGAAGAAACCAAAGCCUUUAAAGAGUACGUCAGGUGCUCCUGCUCAACCGGACAACCCAUCCCAUCAGGACCAGCCACAGUGGCCUGCAAGUGUCCCCGUCGUAACCGUCACUCCUCUUACUCCAAUAAACGCUGGAAGUUCAGCCAUAACCAGACUGCAAAGCAGAAGUGAGAACUCGCCAUAUGGCACCUCUGUGUCUCUGUGCUCUUUUGGAGACCUGGAGCCUGACGUUUCACAGCUUUGCAGGACCACCAACCCCACUCUGCGAAACAAUCAGUACUGGGUAUAACCUUUGAUCUUCAGAUUCAUCACUGUUCUCUCUGAAACUCUGACUGAAAUGUGAUUGAAACACUACAUUCAAGUUCUGAAGUCUCAAUGAACUGCGUUUUGUUUGAUGUUUUGCAAAAGUUGUACGUGAUCAAUAUUUUCCCAUUAACCCAAAAACUAGAAGAAAAUCAUACAGCUGAAGAUUUGGGCAUUGCUUGCCAAUUAUGAAAUGCUAGGAAGUUCACUAAAUGAUACAAUCGCAUUUUUAAAGUCACAGUGUAUUGGAAGUAGCGACAGAUCUUUUCUGUGGUUAUUUUGACAAACAUCCACGUGAAACAGAUUAUCGAAUGUAGGCCAGGGACUUGGUUCUAUGCAUUGGUUGUUGAGUGGAUGGUGGCAGAUCUGAAUGCAUACUUGCAGUUGAAUAUAAGAAGGGGGCGGGUUUAAGUGGUCUAAAUGAUUGAAAAAAGAAAACAGCAUAUGUCACCAGAGAGAAGUCUGUCG